AUGGCAUCCACAACAACGAUCCCAGUCACCCUCAACCACACAUCCUACCCACACAUCCUCGAUAACAUCCUCCAGAAUUCGCCGUGGGAAUGCUUCUUGGCCUGGCGGACCAGUUCCCAUGAGAUCCGGGACAGGCUCGACACCCACCUCUCCCGCCACCUAAUCGUCACUCCACGACAAGGCAACGUUGAAGCGCUGUCCGUUACCAUCCCUUCGAGCCGCCGUCACCCGGCAUUUGCCAACUGGGACGACGGCGAGAACAUUGAUGAAGAGCGCGCGAUGGCCUUGAAACACAUUCGCGAGAUUGUCAAAGACACCAAGGUAGUCGAUCUCUGUGAAGCUGUUCCGUACGAAAGCUUCGUCCCAGUGGCAAUGGCGCUCAAGGAUGUGCCAAUGGUCCGUCUCCGGCGCAACCCCCAACAGCACCCUUUCACGGAGAUGAAGGCCAAGACCCGCGUCGUGUUCACGGAACUGCUGGGACAGCACCCGGUCACUGGCGUGCCCAUUCCCCCGAGCGCAUCCAUUGGCCUUGUUCCGCACCCAGUGGAGAAACUCGUCGUGAACAUCCGCUACGACCCGGGCCACCCACUCCUCCACAGAGGCCACAUUGCCCUGUUCGAACCCCGGCCCCCGGCCAGUCUCCAACAAGUCGUGGUCAAGAUAUCCGCGUCGCGCCAAGUGGCCGCGUCGGACGAUCAACUGGCAUACGCGGCUUUUGGCAUGGGUGGCUGGCUCAACCACUUGGCCACCUGGAUCAUGGCCUUGCCCGCCGACACCGCGGUCACGAUUGUGGACAUUGACGAAUUCGACCCACAGUGUAAUGGACUGUCAGAGAUGCCCAUGUCCAAGGCAGAGUUGGAGGAAGCGGUGCGCGAAAUCUUCAUCCAAGCCACCUGGCAAUUGCACGGUGACUUGAUCGAGGAGCAAGUGGGCCAGCUUGUCGACAUGACUCUCGACUUCAAGACGGCAGACGAGUAUCGUGAGAGCCUGGGUUCAGACGAGCAGUUUGACCUGGAAACGACGGAGAUUGCUGUGGAGAGACCACACCCGAUCUUCUGGGACAACACGGACAUGUGGCAGGUCUCAGAUGAUCCUACAGCCGCCGACUGGAUGUAG